AUGUUAUCCACCACAGCCCUGAGAGCGACGACGCGCCACCGAAUAUCCCGUUGCAUAUACUUCCCUAUAUCGAAUGCGCAUCUCACAAAAGCGAGCAGAGCGUAUCAGACUGACACCAGCUCAUCAAGCAACACCACCCCUAUCCAACUCAAAACCAUCAACCCCCAAAAUAAGAAUGACCGUCUUGUUGCCCAACGCCUGAACCGCCCCGUCUCCCCACACAUUACAAUCUACAAAUGGCAAUACAAGUCCCUGGCAUCCAUCCUGCACCGAGCAACCGGCAUUAUGCUGUCUGGUAGUCUAUACGGAUUCGCAACUUUAUACCUGGUCGGCCCUUCACUGGGUCUACCCGUCGAUACGGCCACGGUCGUAUCAGCAUUCGGCUCCCUGCACCCGGCAGCAAAAGUAGCGCUGAAAUUCGGUGUUUCCAUGCCAUUCACGUACCACUUCUUCAACGGGCUGAAGCAUCUCAUCUUCGAUCGAGCGUUGUUCAUGACAAGAGAGAGCAGUGCGCGCGCGGCAUGGGUGGUGUUGGGUUCAAGUGUGUGUGCUUCGGUCGUUUUGGCAUUCUGGCAGUGAGGCAGAACAGUGAAGCCAACAUCUGAUGGCUUUGUAUUGCACGGAAACAUAGCACCGUAUCUAAGGAGCGAACGCGUACAUUGUAAUUUCAACAGCAUAGGAUAGGACAGAAGGUAGAGGACAUGGAAAGACGAGUGGCUGUGAAGCAGUGACUCCAAAGAAUACAGUUAGUACACGGCAUAUGC